AAAUCACAGCGCGAUUCACGUGUUGAUCGUCAGCCACAUUGUUCGCAAACACUAAUAUCUGCCCAACAGUCUGCAAGCAGCCUAACCGAGGCAGCAGCGUUACUUCACACUUUACUGGCGUCAGCGGAGACCAUCAGAACCGUUGCAACUUCAAGCCGCGACACAAUGGACAGUCACACAGCGUCACUUUCCCCCUCCGGACAGCACAGCAGCAUGACACUGCCAACUGCAGCUCCAGUCCGGAGAGAGUGUGCGCAACGCUUCAGCUCUUGGACAUCAGCCACGAGGUGGAAAAGAGUCAGGACACAGCAGCAUGACCAUUUCAACAAGGGUGUAAUACUACUCUCUAAUCAAUCAUGGGGAUUAGUGUGCAAACAAGGUCCAAAAUCAUGGUUAGGUCCAAAAUCAUGGUUACACAAAGUUUUAGAACGCAUCAGGGAUGGCUUUGGUGAGCACAUUCCAGACGAUGUCAGCUCUAAGAGAGGACUGGUACUACAUUGCUGGCAAAGCCAUUGCAGUGAGCUUGGUACAUGGCGGUCCACCACCAAACUUCCUCUCUCAGACAUAGCUGACACAGAACUCUUGGAAAAAGUCAAAAAGGUAUCUGAAAGUACAACCCUUGAGGACCUUGAGAAGUCAAAUGCACCUUUGCUUGACUACUUGGCCAAUGCAGGAUGUCUGAGGCCUAUGCGGUCGAUAAGAGACAGGGAUCUGCUGGUACAAGACAUUGUCAUGUUUCAGGUCAUCCACAGGGUUCAAAGUCCAUUUCAAAGGUUUUCAGUGUUAGUUGUUGUACAGUCAGAUCAAUCUCAAAAGGAGUCAUAAUUUUAACCAUUGAACAACAAGGUGUAAGACUAGCUUCACAAAAUCUAAUGUUUGUAUUAAACCAAGGGACAAUUUGACAGUGUACAAUUGAAUUAUGGAUUCCACAAUUAUUCCAUGUUGUUUGUACAGAUUCUGUGAAGGAGUGAAAACUCUUUGGGUUCAGGACCAAAUACGACGACAUCCAGGCAGCUUUCGACCAUUGUUCUGCUAUGAGCUGUGGAUGAUCUUUUCAGCAUUCGUCUCUCUCCAGAAGGGAGCAACAAGAGAGCUGCUAAGGAGAUGGUUGUUACUUUCUGGAGGGACUAUCUCCAAAAUGCAGAAGAAGAAGAAGGGCCAUCCAAACUAGAGAAGAUAUUGGCCUUCACAACUUGAGCAUCUGACCAGUUCAUUCACAAAGGAGAUGAUGGCUUCUCUACAUCAAUGUUCCCUCUUGCCAACACAUGUGUUAACUGCAUCAACUUGCCACUACAUGUGUCUUACCAACUGUUCAAGGAGAAGUUUGACAUUGCAUUAGGAAACACAUAUGGAUUUGGCAGGGCAUGAACAUGUCAUGCUCUGAAAACGUUUUCUGUCUGUGUCUCACUUUCUCUGUUUGUCACUACCUUUCUGCUUGUCAGUGCAGAAGUGAAGAAAAAACAUCUAUUCCAUGGUUCCCAUCAUUUUCAAGUGGGUUUACUUGUUGAAUAAUGUUAGUUGUGGUCUCAUUAAUAGUUACAUCUGUCUGGAAUUACAACAUUAUUAUUGGUUUGAAGUUCAGGUAAUG